GCGGGGCGGAGCAGGCGCGCUGCCGCGGCCCGGGGUGCGCGUCCCGGCGCGGGGACUCAGCUCGUCGCGGUCCUGCCCCGCGUUCUCCGCCGCCGCCGCAGCUCCUCGCCGCUCUCCUCCCGAGGGCUCCGCCAUGGCCAUGACGGGCCCGACGCCGUGCUCGUCCAUGAGCAACCACACCAAGGAGCGUGUUACGAUGACAAAGGUGACACUGGAAAACUUCUACAGCAACCUCAUCGCUCAGCAUGAAGAACGAGAAAUGAGACAAAAGAAGCUGGAACAGAUGAUGGAAGAAGAAGGCUUGAAAGAUGAAGAGAAAAGAAUCAGGAGGUCAGCACACGCGCAAAAGGAAACGGAGUUUCUUCGUCUAAAAAGAACAAGGCUUGGUUUGGAAGACUUUGAAUCCUUGAAAGUAAUAGGCAGAGGAGCAUUUGGAGAGGUGCGGCUUGUCCAGAAGAAAGAUACAGGGCAUGUUUAUGCCAUGAAAAUACUGCGUAAAGCUGAUAUGCUUGAAAAGGAGCAGGUUGGCCAUAUUCGUGCGGAGCGGGACAUCCUAGUGGAGGCAGACAGUUUGUGGGUUGUGAAAAUGUUCUAUAGUUUUCAGGACAAGCUAAACCUCUACCUGAUCAUGGAAUUCCUGCCUGGAGGUGAUAUGAUGACACUGUUGAUGAAAAAAGACACUCUAACAGAAGAAGAGACACAGUUCUACAUCGCUGAGACCGUGCUGGCUAUUGAUUCUAUUCAUCAGCUGGGUUUUAUCCAUCGAGACAUAAAACCAGACAACCUCCUUCUGGAUAGCAAGGGCCACGUGAAGCUCUCGGACUUUGGUCUCUGUACUGGGCUAAAGAAAGCCCACAGAACAGAAUUCUAUCGAAACUUGAACCAUAGUCUUCCCAGUGAUUUCACCUUCCAGAACAUGAAUUCCAAAAGGAAAGCAGAGACUUGGAAGAGAAACAGACGGCAGCUGGCUUUUUCUACCGUGGGGACUCCAGAUUACAUCGCCCCUGAAGUUUUCAUGCAGACCGGGUACAACAAGCUUUGUGACUGGUGGUCGCUCGGGGUCAUCAUGUACGAGAUGCUGAUCGGUUAUCCCCCGUUCUGUUCGGAGACUCCUCAAGAAACUUAUAAGAAAGUGAUGAAUUGGAAAGAGACUCUGACAUUUCCUCCGGAAGUUCCAGUAUCUGAUAAAGCAAAGGAUCUUAUUUUAAGAUUUUGCUGUGAAUGGGAGCACAGAAUUGGUGCAUCGGGUGUGGAGGAAAUAAAGAGUAACCCAUUCUUUGAAGGGGUUGAUUGGGAGCAUAUCAGAGAGAGACCCGCUGCGAUUUCGAUAGAAAUUAAAAGCAUUGAUGAUACAUCAAACUUUGAUGAAUUUCCAGAAUCUGAUAUCCUUAAACCAACAGUGGCAACAGUCAACCAUCCGGAGACUGACUACAAGAACAAAGACUGGGUUUUUAUCAAUUACACCUACAAGCGUUUCGAAGGUCUGACAGCCCGAGGAGCAAUACCAUCCUACAUGAAAGCAGGAAAGUAAUCAGUCUUUACCUGGGACAACUUCUGAGCCGUGGAAUUAUGUUCCUGUACUUUGGGUUUAUUCCCAUAAAAGAACUUGUUCUUUUUUUUCAAGAAAUCUUGAGGGCUAUCAACUCUUGGAAGACGCUUCAAGACCUUUGUUACACGCCCUGCUUCUCACUGAGGGGUUUUUCAUUGAAAACGUUUGUGUCAUCUCUGCUGCGAGCACAUUUUGCUGCUUCCGGAGCAACAGUUUCAAUUUGCAUUUUCUAUUCUUUGCCGGACUGUAGAGGCCAUCGGGAGAGGAGAUGCUUUGACGUACAAAGCCCGCGAUGGUCUACGGGCUGCUCUGCCAGUCCUGCGUUAAAGUGACAAAUUCAACCUGCCAAUUCUGCCAGCGCUGCUUUCCCCGUGGCAAAAGACUUCAGUUCGGAGGAAACAAAGCAAUAAUUAAAGCUUGAGAUGGACAACUCUCCAGUGAACUCUCCAGCAGAAGGACACAACUUGCAUUGCCUUAACCUUAGUUUGUAGUGCUGGUUUUUAUAAUGCUACUUGGAAGCCUCUUGAGCAGCGUUCCUCACCUCUGAGCGGCCUCCAGCUGUGGUGCACUUUACUUUUGGUACUAAGACAGUGACCCUCGAGCCAUUGGGUAUUUUUUCUGUAUUAAAAAUGGAUGUGACACUUUCUUUUCUAGAAGGUGAGAGGAGAAAGGGAUCGGCUCCUCCAGCGCCGGCAGCUCUCAGUUACCAUGUGAAGGGACGGCAGGAGAUAGAAGCUACAGCUGGUGCCACAGGUGGAUCCGGAAUUAGAGCAGGGAGGGAGGGAGGGAAAUUCGUUUAACCUGAUCAUUGCUGGACAACUCAUGUAGUGGGGGUGAGCUGUGAGGCUCCUGGUCCUGCUGAUGCCAUCUUUUGGCCGCUUCAAAGAUCUGCUGCGUGUUCUUCUGUUUAGAGACGGAGCCUCUUUUUGUGGCCGCCUUGGUUUUGAGAGGAACAGGAUCAGAUUCUUCCGUGAAUCUUGAUGACGGAAGCUUCCUGGGCUCGCUCUUCCUUCCAGAACUCCUUUGCUGGCGGCUAAGCCAGCUCCAGCUGUCCCCGUAGAGGCUUCCAAGGAGACGGUGCCUCACGACUCACUUCUGGGCAGUGGAACCCACCCCAUCCACUCUUGGAUUAUUGCCUUGUGUGAUCGAUAAAACAUACGCUCCGUUUGAUCAGGCUGCUCUCCAGGAGAGCCCCAAAGUGCCUUUCCUUGCUUAAGCAUCUCUUGGAACACGACCGCAUUUUGGGAGGGAGGAGUCUCCCUUGGUUGAGCUGUUGGGAAUCCCUUUCUAUGAGCGUGAGCUCUGCUUUGCGCCUGUUUUGUAGUUACCUCUGUGCUUCCAGGUGCAGAUGGCAUUAACCUCUACGCCUGCCUUGUUCCAAUCGUUAAUUCACAAUUAGAUUUUUUUUUUUAGAGGUUUCUAAAAGUACGAAUCAGUUUGAACUGUCCUGGAUUCUUCCGAACUCCCGUUGGUGCUGAACACUACAGAGCACAGACGAAAUCCACCCCCCUGCUGGUCAGAAACCAAACUCGAGCAGUAUUUCAAGGUAAAAAUAAGGCUUUCUGUUACAUUUAGCCCUAACUUUCUAGAUUAGGAAAUGAAAGAAAAUGGGUUUGUAGUGAAACUUGUCUUAAUAGGUGCUUUUAGGGAGUUUUUACUUAGAUGUCUUUUGAACCGAGUGCCAUCGUGAAGAGCCGUUUAGGGGAUUGAAAGGAUGGGAUAUAGCUAAAACGGGGUGAUAACUCGUUAGCAUCCUCUCCCUAACCACCCCUUGUGCUUUUUUUUUGUCUGUGUCUUAGGCGUUUAAUGAAUUGCCAUAAGCAGCUUAGAUACCACUUGGAUCCUACAGAGCUGAAAUGCAAAAAAAAUAGCCUUAAUUAGACGUCCCAGGACCACUGUGGUCGGUGGGGCUUACUCAGACGAAUAAGGGCUAACUGAAGUCAUGAGUUAUAGGAUUAGGCUUUUUAUCAACUGGUCAGUAAAAUCACCUUCUGCUCCCUUGAUAUUUUUUAUAAAGGACUGAUAGCAGCUUCUCAAGUUGCUCCAUCUCCUGCAGUUUCUUUGAGCCAUUUGAAAGUGUUGCCUUAUCAGAAAACCAAGAGGUAUUAUUAAUAUCAAAGCAUUUUUUUUUUAAACGAACAGCUUAGUUACUGCCUUAAAAUUAAAAGAAAAAAUAAUAUCAAAAUUAUUCAAAGCUACUGUGGAUUAGGAACAAAUGGUUUUGAGUAGCUGCAUUAUUGGCCCUUUACUAAAAGGGACUGGUGUUUUUAUUUAUCAAUACCAAAGAUGAAACUACACAGUUUUAAGUCGUGACAACGUGCUGGGAAAAACCCUCCAUAGUAAUAUGUAAUGUGUGCUUUUAGUCCAUGUGUUUUAAAGUCUUUUGGAACCUCAGAUUAGUCACUUUUUGAGGGGAAGGUGAAGUUAUUCAAAGGCACGCGGAGCAGUUGGGUACCUUCCUCCUGUUGUCAUGCAGGAGAAGGUGGAUCUCUUUGAGUACAGAUCCUCUUGGAUCUCGGGUGCAUCCUAAGCCUGUGUCCUAUGACAAAAGAAGUACAGCUUUGUCUUUCCAGGAUCCACACAUCACUGCUAACAGAUAAGGAUUUUUGUUCCAUCUCCCACCUUAGCCAAACACUUUUGUUGCUGCUGGCUUGUGUGUAUUGAGGUUUAUGUAUCUUAUAGCUCUUCUUUUUUAUAAACUGCAAGCAGUCGCUGGACUUCGAGGAGUAAUUCCACUCUGAAUUUUCAAUGAACAGAGAAUCACAGAAAGGUUUGGGUUGGAAAGGACAUCAAAGCCCAUCCAGUUCCAACCCCUGCCAUGGGCAGGGACACCUCCCACUGGAUCAGGGGCUCCAAGAACCAUCCAACCUGGCCUGGAACCCCUCCAGGGAUGGGCAGCCACUAUUUCCUUGGGUAACCUAUUCCAGGGCCUCCCCACCAUCAUUGUGAAAUUCUUCCUACUAUCUAAUUGAAAUCUUCCCCCUUCCAAUUUAAAGCCAUUCCCCUCAUCCUAUCCCACCAGGCCCUUGGAACAGCCCCUCCGCAGCUCUCCUGGAGCUCCUUUCAGCACUGGAAGCUGCUCUAAGGUCUCCUCGGAGCUUUCUUUUCUCCAGGCUGAACAACCCCACCUCUGUCUGCCUGUCCUCAGAUGCUGCCAGUUCACCUCUACAUCACACCUAGCGCAAACCUGCACUAAGUGUUCCUUAUCACUGUGCCCUGACUCUGCCUUAACCCAUAAGCUGAAAAAGUGGUCUGUAAAUAUUUAAAGCCGUUACUACAUUGCACUGUAAAAUUUGGCAAUUGUAUUGUGUGUGCCCGGGGGGGGCGGAGGGAGCCAACUUUUUAUGGAAUGAUCUUUGCAUUGUGUUGUGUAAAUAAAAUCCUC